ACGCACUGGCAUUCAUGGAAUCAGUUUCACUUUUCCAAUCAUAUUGUGCAGGUCGUAAUUACAUAUAUACAUAUUUAUUCACAGAUCGUUAAUCGUUAAAAAUUUGACAUAGUAAAGAAGGAAUCCAUUUCUCGAAAUGUCUCAACGUGCGUUUGUGAUUAUAUUUCUUGUCUGGAUGAUGGCUACAUUAGCCCUCUCCCAGAAUCCGUGCUCGGCUGGAAAGAUGUGGACAAACUACAACGCCAUGAAAGCCGCAAAUUGUAGAAAUUGCGAUAAAUAUUUUCAUUGCCAAGGAAACUACGAAGCGGUUCGUAAUUGUCGAGGAAUUCUUCAAGUCGCGACGGCCACUGCGAUAAGCAAUUUGCGCGAGUGGGCGCAAGGCAACGACACUCCAGAUUCCGCUGCCGACCAGGCCGCUAAUGUUUACGGGAGAAAUGGAGGAAAUUGUGCGGGCAGAUAUUUGGGAGCGGUUAACUGCAAGUGGAAUCCGAGGACAAAAAAAUGCGGAUAAAACCCUAGUGCACGGUUAUACUGGAAUUUUGGAAAUAAUAAAUAUAGAUGUAUUUAUCUGGCUGAAAUUCAAUGGUUAUGCAAAUGAUCAUAUAAAACGGAGUCCGUUAAAAUAAAAUUCGAAAUGUAGAUCGUGCUAAAUAUUGCUACAUGUUUAGAUAUGUCAUUCCAUUGGUAAUCUGCCUUUCCACAAGAGUGUGAAAAUUCACAUUGUCCAUCCAUAGUCCUUAAAAUUUUAGCGGAUGAAAUAAAACGUUAUCUCAUGCCAAAAA